AUGAUUCAAAACUUUCAUUUAUUGAUUAAUAAUUUUUUAGAAUUUUCUCUACUUUCAUUCAGUGGUACAAAAAGUAUAAGACAAGGAAAACAAGAACAAGUUGAAGAAAAUUUACAAGAAGUUUUGCCUAAUAGAAAUUUAAUUGCAAAAUUUUUGUCUUGUAGAAGAAAUUCAACGUUACUCACCAACAGUAACAAAGGAGAAAAUACUAAUUCAGAAUCUACUUUUACAAUCAAUAAAUUAAUCGGCAACGAUAAAAUAAAAAAAAAUGAAAAUGAUGGUGAUGGAAAUAAUAAACAUUUAUUACAAUUUCAAAAUGAAAAGUUUCUGGAAGAUGAAAGUAAUAAUUUAUCAGUAUUAUCAAGUAGUAUUGAUUUAAAAUGUGAAAAAAAUACAAAUAUCAUUAAUAAUGAUGAUACUUUUAACGAUAAAUAUUCAGAAAAAAAUAAUUUCGAUAAUCCUAAUCUAGAUGAAAUUUUUUUAAUAAGAAAUCCUAUGAUUCGUUUACAAUCCGAUGCAUCAGUGGCUUUGAAAACAAAAACAAAUCAAUCAAAUAAAGAAGAAUCGCUUAAAAUUUUACCUUAUUAUGAAAAUAAUUUUAAUUAUUUUCGUCCCUUUGUUUUAUUCAAAGAUUUUGUUUUUGAACCGAAGACAAAAUUUAAAGAUUUAAAUAUACGUAAUGAAAUAUUAACCAAUUUGAUGAAUUGUGGAAGAUUUGAAAAUCUCAGUCCUCUACAGCAAUGGGCCAUUCCUGCUAUGAGUUUUCAACAAAAUGUUUUAAUUCUGGGAAGUUCAAAAACUGGUAAAACAUUAGGAUACGUAAUAUCAGUUAUUGAUGUAGUGAAAAAAAAAUGCGCCGAAGAGGAAUCUUUUGGAAAUGGUCCUAUUGCAGUUAUUAUUUGUUCGAGUUCUAGAGUUUGCGAAUUCGUAUAUUCAAUUUUCAACGCCCUUCUUGGGAAAUUUAAUAAAAAUCCUUCUACGAAUAAUUUUAAUAUAUCCAUCGUGAUGGCUUACGGCGGUGGAAACGAAAUGGAUGUUAAAUUGACAAACGGUUGCCAUAUUUUAAUUUCAACUUCUUAUUAUAUUGUAAGGCUUCUAGAAUAUUCUAUCGUGACAAACUUUGAACGGUUAAAAUGUUUAGUUUUGGACGAAAUUGAUAUUAUAAGCGAAAAACCAUUCAAACAAAAUGUACAAUUAAUCUUGGAAAAAGCUAAGCAAAGUACACAAAAUCGUUACUGUCAAAAAAUAUUUUGCGGUGAAAAAUGGACGGAGAAUGUGGAAAUUUUAGCGAAAAAUUAUCUUGAAAAUUAUUUUUUAGUCAUUGGAUCAUAUGCGGAAGCUGCAAUUUACUCCAAAUUGAGACCUAGUAUUUAUCUCGUUAAAGCUCAGCACAAACCUGAAUUCGUAAUGGAUAAAAUUCGGGAUGAAUUAAAAAAAAUUUUAAUUUUGUGUGAAAGCACAGACGAAGCGCUAGACGUACAUAAUUAUUUAAAAAAUAAAAAUAUUAACUCGAGUGUAGCUCAUGAAAAAAUGCUCUCAUGCCAAAUAAGAGAUAUUUGCCACUCGUGGAAAAUUUGCGACGGUCAAUUUGUUAUUGUGGCCACGGAUGAUGUCGUUAACGAGCUAAAAAUCAAUGAUGUCGAUAUGCUUAUUCAUUACAGCUUAACGGUUUCCAAAAAAGUAACAACAUCGGAUAUAAUUAUUUUGGAUGAAAAUAAUGGCCGCCAAAUUCCACAAAUAGUUGAUUUCGUCGUUCGUUUAAAUGGGAAUGUGCCCGAUGUUAUUCGGGAAAAGUGUAAAGAAAUCGAAAGAAAAUUGGAAGUAUCUAAGGAAGCUCGAAUAUGUGAAAAACUUUUGACUUUAGGAAAAUGCAUAAAUAUGAAAAGCUGUUGUAAACGUCAUGCUUUGGUCAACGAUAUAGAUUCUUCUAGUCAACUCCCUUCGAGUGGUUGGAUAAAUUUUUCUGUUUUAAAAGUACAUAAUCCCACAAACAUUUGCGCUAUUAAAUCAUUCGUAUUGAAUAAAGAGGUUUUUUACAGGGCCGAAAUAAGAGAUUAUAUUAAAGUCAAUAAACAUAAUCAACCAUUGAUAGUAAAUGUUAGACUCUUGGACGAGGGAGAUUACGUACAACUAACGGCCAAAGAAUUAUUAGAGAUACCUUAUGAAAUUGCUAAAAUACCCUCCACGGCGAUUGAAGUUAAAAUUGUGGGGAUUCAACCUUUAGGUUACGAUCAGACCUGGAGCAAAUUUGCUACAAAUUACGCCAAAGGAUUGUUAACUAAAAAUUACGAAAAGGAUUUAUCGUGGCGCGGAAAAAUAAUCAUAGCAAUGAAGGAUACUUUAUUUUUAGACUGCGUUUUGCUGACGAGAGCUUUACAUAAUGUAAAAACAAAUUCCGUUGAUUUAAUUUAUCAAGAAAACCUUAUUCAAAAUGGUUACGCUGUUAAAAAUGCCGAACAUUUUUCUCGUUUAAAAAAACUUUGUAUCGAAGGAGGGAUUUCCGUUUUUACACCAAAUGAAAAUAAAAAUGACUUGUUAUCAAAGGAAAAAUUUGAUUGUUGCGAACCCGAUUGGGCAUUUCUUAGCGAAAACGUGGAAAAAGUUUGCUUUUUGUCGGGACAUGAUGCAUCAACGUUUUUUUUACGUCUCGAAAAAUUUUCGAAAUUAUUAGAAGAUUUAGAAAAAGCUUGCGAGAAAGAAGCGGGGGAAAAAAAUAAGAAAAAUUUAGACAAAAAUGAUUUGUCACCCGGAAUGUUUUGCCUUGCUAAAUUCAACAACGAAAGAUGGGUCAGAGGAAGAAUAGAUUCAAAAGAAAAUGACUUUUACAAUAUUUAUUUAAUUGAUCAUGGAAAAUUUUCAAUCGUAAAUAAAUUUGACGUGACAACAAUAUCUUGUCAUUUGAUUCGUCAGUUACCGUGUCAAGCAAUAGAAUUUAAUUUCAUCGGAGUCAAAAUUCACGAAAAUAAUAAUUUAACGGAAAUUUCACGGGAAAUGGAUAAAUUUUUCGAUAAUGAAAAUAAUUUUAUUUAUUGUUACGGAAUAGAAAAAAAUUUAAAAUCAAAAAUAACCGGUGGAAAAAAAUACGGUUGUAAUUUAUUGAAUGGCAUAAAUGGGAAAUCGUUAAACAAAUAUUUGAUCGAUAUCAAAAUGGGUUCGAUGGUUGAAUGCGAAAAAGAAUUUCUUAUUAAUAUCGAAUCGAAAAUUUUAAAGGGAAAAGACGACGAAAAAAAUUUUUUCGAAAACGAAGAGGAGGAGGAAAAAAAUAAAGAGUCGGAAAAUUUAACGAGUGAUUAUUCAACGUGUGAAAACGAAUCGAAUUCGUUUUCUUCUUCUUUUUUAUCCGACGAAUUAUUAUUUGAAAACGAAAAUGAAAUUCAGUUUCUCAAAGAGUUUGCUACUAACGUUCUCGAUAUACCGAUGGAAAAAUUGGCGGACGAGUCUUUGAAAACAAAUGAAAAUGGGAAGGAAGAAAAUAUGGAUUCGAAGGAAAGUCAAACGGAAAAAAUAAUUUUAGAAAGUCGUACGAAAAAACCGGAAGUAAUGAUUCGUGAUAAAAUAUUGACUCCGCAAAUACGAUGGAGUCAAAAUUCGUUUUCGAUUAAUAUUAAAAUAUUAAUUAAUAAUAUUGAAAAAUACAAAUGCGAUUGUUCCGUCACUAAUUUUUUAUUCAGGUGCGAGGUCGAUGGGAAAUAUUAUGCCGUCGAUAUUAAAUUUAACGGAGUCGUUAAUCCGCAAACUACUAAAAUCACGUUGAAAACAUUUUACGCAAACAUAAACAUAAGAAAAUUAAAUUCGAUGCUUUGGUCCAGACUUACAAGAGAUGAUGGAAAAAAUCAUUUUGUUUUAAGAGAUUCCGAAGUUGAGGAAAAAAAAGAUGAUAUAAUAUCAUUGGCGAUAGAAUCAGCCAAAAAAAAUAUAGAAAGUGGAAUAUUGAAAGAAGGGAUUCGAUUGAAAACCAUUGUUUCGUACACCGAUUCAGAUUCGUCUGAUUUUGACGAUGGUUUUAUGGAUUCGGGAGACGAAUUCAACGUUUAA